AAAACACAUAUCAUUACGACUGAGUAGUAAGUAGUUGGUUAGCUUUUUAGCAACGAUCAAACAAAAUCUCAUCAAAACAUGGAUAUUGAAGGAGGGUUUUGCAUUAAGGCAAGAGGCGGUUACGUUGGUGGCGGGACAAAGUGUGGGCGGUGGAAUCCGACGACAGAACAAGUUAAAGUCCUGACUGAACUCUUCAGGUCAGGGCUUCGAACCCCGAGUACGGAUCAGAUCCAAAAGAUUUCUUCCCAGUUAAGUUAUUACGGUAAGAUUGAGAGCAAAAACGUUUUCUAUUGGUUUCAAAACCAUAAAGCACGUGAAAGGCAGAAGCGUCGCAGGGUUUCCGUCAAUCAUCGCGAACAGAAAGAAAACCAUUACGAAGACCAGAAUCAUACCAACAACAACAACAAUUCUUCUUCCAUUAAAACGAAUAUAACGGAUAUUGCUCAGUUAAACAAUCAUCAGGUUCCGGAUCAUCAACAUCAUGAGAGAGUGAUAGAGACUCUGCAACUAUUUCCAUUGAAUUCAUUCAGCGAAAUGGAAGCAGAAAAACCGAUGAGAUUCUUCCCGAACGAUUGCAGAGGGAAUGCAGCAUCGUUUUCUAACUACACAAUCGGGGCGGAUCAUAUGGUCCAUAUGGACCACCACCAAUACCACCCGACUUUAGAUCUUCGUUUAAGCUUCAUGUCUUGAUGAAGACAUGAACUUCUUACAUAUCUCCCC